CAGCUCCGAGGGACCGGGGCCCGGAGGACCGGGGAUGUGUCUCCUGCUGGGGGCUGCCGGGGUCGGGAAGACCUUGCUGGUGAAACGCCUGCAGAAGCUGAGCUCGGGAGAUGGCAAGGGAGACUUGGGGGACCCUCCGCCGACGCGGCCCACGGUUGGCACCAACCUCACUGACAUCGUGGCCCACAGGAAAAUCACUAUCCGAGAGCUCGGGGGUUGCAUGAGCCCCAUCUGGUCCAGUUACUAUGGAAACUGUCAUUCGCUCCUGUUCGUGAUGGAUGCCUCUAACCCCACCCAACUCUCUGCAUCCUGCGUGCAGCUCUUGGGUCUCCUUUCUGCAGAAGAACUUGCAAAAGCCUCGGUCCUGAUACUCUUCAAUAAAAUCGACCUUCCCUGUUACAUGACCGUGGAGGAGAUGAAGUCAAUAAUCAGGCUUCCAGACAUCAUUGCUUGUGCCAAGCAGAACAUCGCCACUGCAGAAAUAAGUGCCAGGGACGGCACUGGCUUGGCAGCAGUACUGCUCUGGCUCCAGGAGCAGCACAGAUGAGCAGCUGAUGGCUGGAUGGAGCAUCCUGGCUGACCCGGUGCCUGGGGACAAAGACUGAUGCGUUCUGGUGAAGCAGACGCGCCCGGUGUGUCCCUGAGUGACCGACAGGGAUCUGUGCAGUGAUUGUGCGAGCACGUGUCCAGACACUGCUGUCAUCUGGAGUAUGUCAUCUCUGGAGAACGUCCCCAAGACUGGGAGAGGACAGAACUACAGGUGGCUGGAUGUCUUCCUGUAUCCAGGUGAAAGUGCUGCUGGGAGUGCACCAGGAAACUCUGGACCUGUGCCUGAGGGCUUUGGACUCUACUGCCCCACUGAGUCCAGAUUUUUUUUUUAUUUUAA